CGGAGCCUCUAAUUAAGCACCACAUUUCCGCUAGCCAUCCACUGUUCCGCACCGCACCUCAUCAUUCCUCGGUCAUGGCUGCUGUGCUCGCCGCGUUCGCGUUGCUGUAGUUGCCGUCACUGGCACCGGUGGGAUCGGCAAAACCACCCUCGCCAGGAUGGUUUUCAGCGACAGCAUGGUGGCGGACAGCUUCGACGACAAGGUCUGGUUGAGCGUUAACCAAGGAGGCCAACGAGAUCGCCCUCCUGCAAAGCGUUUUAUCUGCUCUUGGGGGUAAUUGCCGUGGUGUUGCCGCAGACAAGGCCAUGCUCCAAGAUGCCUUGAGGCAUAAUUAAGGUGAGGCAACGCAAGUUGCUGCUGAUCAUGGAUGAUUUGUGGAACGAUAAGGUGUGGAACGAGCUGCUUAGGGUCCCACUUAGUGAUGGUGCUUCCGGGAGCCGAGUCUUGGUGUGGUGACCACGAGGAUGGGAUUAGAGCACAUCACAUCCAUCAAGUGGACAAGCUAGCGUCGGAAGAUGCUUGGUCCUUGCUAAAGAAGCAGGUAGUUUUGGAUGAAAGUGAUGAAUCCGACGUCGAUGAACUAAAAGAUGUCGGAAUGAAGAUUGUGGGAAAAUGUGAUGGCCUGCCACUUGCAGUUAAGGUUGUCGGUGGACUAUUACUCAGCAAGAACAGAACAAGAGGUGCUUGGAUGGAUGUUCUUAACAACAUCUCAUGGUCAAUUACUGGAACCAAUGAUGAUUUAAAAAAAAGCAGUCUAUGCAUGUGAGCUAUGUUGAAUUGCCACCUCACCUGAAGCAAUGCCUUUUGUAUUGUUCACUUAUUCCUAACGAUGAACAGAUCCCACACUCAGUUAUUGUUAAGAUGUGGAUGCAUGGCAGAGGGUUUUAUACAAAACAACACCAGUUCAAAGCUACCAGAAGAUUUGGGAAUGGAAUACCAUGGAGAACUAGUAUCAAGGAACCUUUUAGAACCGCGUGAUGCAUUUCACGGUCAAUCGGUGUGUACCAUGCAUGAUCUUGUUCGUGACUUUGCUCAACUUGUAGCAAAAGAUGAAGGACUAUUUGUUAGUGAAGGAGAGAGCUCGAGUACUAGUCUUGCUAAUAGAAAACUACGCCACCUAUCUAUAUCAAGAGAUGCAACAGAGUUGGGUUCUUUGGAAACAGAGGCCUCGCUGAGGACACUCAUGUUAUUCAACCGCCCGGUCACAUAUGGUUACCUGGAUAAUCUUCGUUGUCUACGAGUAUUGCAUAUAAGUUGUAAUGAUGUAAAUCUCAUGGAGUUUCCGGAGUAUGUCUGCCAGCUCAAGCAUUUAAGAUACUUGCUACUCAGGGGCACAAGCAUAUCAAAAAUUCCAGAAGGCAUAGGAGACCUAAAGUUUCUGCAGGCCAUUGACCUUGUAGGGUCUAUAAAUUUGUGCCAACUUCCUGAGAGCAUCUUGAAGCUACAGAACCUGAGAUGUAUCAGCUUGUACGGAACAAAGAUAACCUCAAUUCCUCGUGGAUUCGGGAAGCUAAAAAAUUUGGUCAAUCUGCAAGGUAUUACAACACAUUCAGAUUAUAGCGGAGAUGGUUGGUGCAGCUUGGAAGAACUAGGGUCUCUGCUGAAACUCAAAUAUCUUUACAUAACAUGUUUGGAUAAGGCGCCUUCUGGUUCUGUGGCUGCUAGAGCCAAGCUGAGUAGUAAACAACACCUCAUCUGGUUACAAUUGAUAUUUACUAGCGAUUUUACAGUGAAUUGGGAGGUUCAAGACCCUCCACCUUCCAUAGGAUAAUCUCUGUCCUCCACCUUCCAUAGAAGACCUUACCAUACCCAUACUUUGGACGUAUGCUACCCCAGUGGAUGAGAAAUAUGUCAGCCUUUGAGAGCUUGUCGUGGUUGGAGCUGUCGGAUUACGCAUGCUGCGAGGAACUCCCUAUUGGCUUGGGCCAGCUCCGCUUUCUUGAUGUUCUCAAGGUUAACCGGGCUCCGUCCAUUAGGCGUAUCGGUCAUGAUUUCAUCCUCCCCUCCUUAGGUGGCAUGACUGACUCGUCUGCCCAUCCAGGAGGAACACAGAUAAUUGAGGAGAGACACAGACGGAUUGCAUUCCCCAAGCUCCAAACCUUGGGGCUAGUAGGGAUGUCUGGAUGGACGGAGUGGGAACGGGAGGAGCAAGUCCUAGCAAUGCCAGCUCUAGAGAAGCUUUGGAUUGGCGAAUGUAGACUGACUCAUCUCCCCAUUGGACUUGCAUACCAUGCAAGAGCAUUGAGAAUGCUGGACCUGAGAAAUUCAAACUUUGUCUGCGUGGAGAACUUGCCUUCAAUCGACGAGCUAUGGUUAGUUAACAACCCAAAGCUAGAGAGGAUCACCAACAACCAAAGCUUGCAGAUUAUAUAUCCGCCUUGCAAAUUGUCGGAGCUUAAAGACACUGGAUGAGUUGCCUUCACUCCGAAACUUCCAAUGGGAGGAUUUGAGCAGUGGAACACUUCCAGAUUACUUACGAGGGGCACACUUAAAUAAGUUGCUUUUAUAUUGCAGCCCAAGCUUACUUAAACUGGAUAUCCUUACAAAAUUACAAAUCCGAGUGGGGAAAGAUCAAGCAUGUUCAGCAACUAAGGGCGAUUUCGCUGAAACCAGGGGUUGAUCGAAACAUAGGGCAGAUUGAAUACACAAAGAAACCGUAUUCCUUUCAGACGAACAGCGGUGAGAAUUCCGGCUCCACAGAUGAAUGUAAGGAUGAUGGACUGGAUAACUCUUUCCUACACAUAAGGUUUUAAGUUGGUGCAGAAAGCAUACACAGUGGAGGGCAGAGGUGCGGAUGCUUCAAUGGCCACCGAGAGGGCAAACGCUCUACAAGCUGCUCAUUUUCAUUAGCGUCGAGUUCCGGCUCGUUCGCGGAGGGGUUGUUUGUACUUGUUGAUGUAUGUAUGGGUGUAACUAUUCUUGUUGGUACGCACAAUGGAAGUUUAUAUUCUCUAAUAA